GGAAGGGAAGCCUCUCGUACAAUAAUAUCCCCGGUGAUGGAGGAGUCUCUGCCCCCCGUGUACAUCUACAGCCGGGACUAUGUACAACUUUGCGACAUUGUGCAGAGCAAAGUGCCGAGGAGGGCCAGUAUGGUUCACUCCCUGAUAGAAGCUUAUGGACUUCUCAGAGACAUGAGGGUUGUAAGGCCUCGAGUUGCCACCAUGGAGGAAAUGGCGACCUUCCACACUGACGCCUAUUUGGAGCACCUCCGCAAGGUCAGCGAAGAAGGUGAUAACGAUGAUCCGGAGACGACUGAAUACGGCCUUGGCUACGACUGCCCCAUCACGGAAGGUAUCUAUGACUAUGCAGCUGCUGUAGGAGGAGCCACGUUAACUGCAGUUGAACAGCUAAUGGAAGGCAAAGCCCGCAUUGCUAUUAACUGGCCUGGAGGGUGGCACCAUGCUAAGAAAGAUGAAGCCUCUGGGUUUUGUUACCUUAACGAUGCCGUAUUAGGGAUCCUGAAACUGCGACAGAAAUACGAGAGGGUGUUAUAUAUAGAUCUGGACUUGCAUCACGGAGACGGAGUGGAAGACGCAUUUAGUUUCACAUCUAAAGUCAUGACGGUUUCCCUGCACAAAUUUUCACCCGGAUUCUUCCCCGGGACCGGAGAUGUUACCGACGUUGGGCUGGGCAAAGGACGAUACUACACUGUUAACGUUCCCUUGCAAGAUGGAGUGACGGACGACAGAUAUUAUAGCAUCUCUGAAAGUGUGCUGAAGGAAGUAUUCGCAGCCUUUAACCCUCUUGCUGUAGUCCUGCAGCUAGGAGCCGAUACCAUUGCGGGAGACCCCAUGUGCAGCUUUAACAUGACUCCAGAGGGGAUUGGGAAGUGCCUGAAGUAUGUUUUACAGUGGCAGCUUCCUACACUCAUCCUCGGAGGCGGUGGCUACAAUCUCCCUAACACCGCCCGUUGUUGGACAUAUCUGACGUCAGUCCUGCUAGGACGGACAUUAUCAUCUGAAAUCCCAGACCACGAGUUCUUCACAGAUUACGGUCCAGACUAUGUUCUGGAGAUCACACCGAGCUGCCGGCCUGAUCGUAACGAUGCUCAGAAAGUGCAGGAGAUCCUUGGGUCAAUUAAAGGUCACAUGAAACAUGUGGUUUAGCGUUUGCUCAUUCUGAUGC